AUGGUGUCAUUCUCCUGCGAAGGCUGCGGCGAUGUCAUCACCAAACCCAAGCUCAAGACGCACUUUCCCCGUUGCAAAGCGCCUGUCACUUGCAUCGACUGCAAUAAGACUUUCGAUUCUCCUGCACAAUUUAGUCCGCAUACCAGCUGUAUCUCCGAGGCAGAGAAGUACGAAAAAUCAGUCUACAAAGGGCCUAAAAAGUCCACGGCCGACGCAAAGGACGUCAAGAAGGCAUCUGCGACCGCUGAGCGGGCUUCCUCGACGACAGAGAUAGACGGUCAAGAUCAAUCAGCACGGAAGGAAAAAAGGAAACGCAAAAGAGAGUCUGCGCCCCUAGCCGACACAGCCGCUAGCACAGCGGCCGCAAUUGCAGAGGAAAAGACUUUGCCAGAGCUUGAAGCGCUCGCCGUGAAGAAAGUGAAGAAGCAGAAGAAGCAAAAGGCGUCCCAGGCAGCGACAGACUCCGUUGAGCCCAGUACAGAGCCGGUCGAAGAGCAGCCUCAGCGCAGCCUGGCAGCAGAUUUCCCCGAGGCUGCGGCAAGCGUAGUCGAAUCUGCUACUGCUCCACUUGGCUCGCUCGUCGCCGCUGCUCCCGCACUCGCCGAAGCUGCCUCUGACGCCACACCACUUGGCUUCUUCGUCGAACGCGAGCAAGCCGCAAUCACAAAGAACGCAGAUGCAUCGCCCACACUGCCUGCCAUGCGCGUCGAUGUCGUGCCAGAGGCUGCAUCACACAAGCAGCACAAGAAGCAGAAGGCAGCAAAGGCUAACGGGCUGGCCACAGUCUUGAAAGAGGGUCCAACCUCGCUCAAGGGUUUGCUAGAGAAGCUGGAAGCCUCUGGAGCCACUGAUCCGAUUGCGCGACUAUCUGUGGACCGUAAAGGACGUCUUGUGUAUGCCGAUGCAUAG